UUUCCCCUUCUUCUUCCCUAACCUCUCUCUAAAUCACUUAUCUCUCACUUUCCGAUCAUAUUAUACAAAUCCAUGGCGGUGGAUCUCGCAGCUUUUCCAGCCAAGAUCGAUGAUCAAACCGCCAUCGAAGAAGCUGCCUCCGCCGGUUUACAGAGCAUGGAGCAUCUAAUCCGUCUCUUAUCCAAACAACAGCACUCUGAAACUCCUAACAACAAUCUCAAUUGCUCUGGACUCACCGAUUUCACCGUCUCCAAAUUCAAACGGUUGAUUUCCCUCUUGAACCGAACCGGCCACGCUAGGUUCCGCCGUGGACCUUCGGAUUCCCCCAAUCCCGUCCUCAAUUCCCUUGAUCAACCUCUCAAAACCCAUUUCCCUAAAGCCAAUUUCUCCCCUGUUUCCAAAUUCCCUGAUUCUAGAGAUUCCACAACCACCUCUUCUUUUGUUUCCACGAUCACCGGCGACGGCAGCGUUUCUAACGGAAAGGUUGAUCUCUCGGUCUUUGCAACGCCGCCGGUAAACUGCGGGAAACCGCCGUUGGCGGUGAAGAGGAAAUGCGAUGAUGGGUCUGGAUUUGGUUGUAAGGUUCCUUCGAAGCUCUGUCACUGUGCGAAGCGAAGGAAAUCUGGAGUAAAGAAGACGGUACGAGUUCCGGCGAUCAGUUCUAAGAUCGCUGAUAUACCUUCCGAUGAAUACUCUUGGAGAAAGUACGGUCAAAAACCCAUCAAAGGCUCACCCUAUCCUAGAGGGUAUUAUAGAUGCAGCACCGUCAAAGGAUGUCCGGCGAGGAAAAAGGUGGAAAGAGCUCGUGACGAUCCGACGAUGCUCCUCGUAACUUACGACGGAGAUCACCGUCACCCGCACCCUACGGUCACCGAUGCCAGUGUGGGUGUCGUUUCCCAAAAGAGUUGAAAAAGAGAAGCGUGUCGGAGAAUAACGCUUUCCGAUUCGGCUGUCAUGCUGUUUCCUGAAGAUACCUGUGACUCUUGAGUUUUUUCUGAAACCAAUCUUAAAAAAGUCAAAACAAUGUUGUAAAGUCAAAACUAGCAUCGGAAUUCACGAAGCGAUCACCUUGGUCCAAGUCAAACCAAAAUACAAAAUCACGUUCGGAUCUUUAGUAAUGGAACCGGGACGGAACAAUGAGGUGGAAGGGUAUCGAUGUAAUUUUGUUAUUGUAUUAUAUUUUCUUAACAUGAUAAUUUGGCCAACAAUAUGGUCCCACAUGGUUGGACUUUUUUUUUUUUAAAAAAAUUUAUUUAAUAAAACAAAAUAUACUAUUUCUACA